AUGUACCACGACUGCUCCUGUCCAUCCAAGGCCGCUUCCAUAUCCUCAGCCCAUCCCGAGCUCAUCAUCAUCCGAGUCCAGCAGGGCGAAGAACGCUUGCCCACGUCUGCGCUGCCUGCUCAAUCCCAGCGGUCUUCUUCUUCUGCCGACUUGCUGGCCACUUCGACAUCAAAUUCGAACCAACUCUCUGUUUAUGAGAUUCCGUUCGACCAGUAUGGAGCUAGCCAUCUAGGUGUUCUCCCACCCUCGGCGGUCUGCAAUCACCUCGUCAAUCUUUACUUUGACUACAUUCAUGAUCAAUUUCAUACUCUGUUCCAGAAACCUGCUUUCAUGGCCGAUUUGGCCAGUGACAGAGUGCCGACAGUCAUCCUACUCGCCAUCAUCGCACUCUCGGCACGUUUCUCGUCUCAUGAAUAUUUUCAAGGCUCAAGUCCACGUACCCGUGGUGUACAGUAUGCAAGAAGAGCUUCUCAACUACUCGAUCCAAGUGAUGUCAGUUUGACCUGCAUACAAGCAUGCGUCCUACUCGGAGCUUGUCGUAUCGUCGAGGGAGACUCUGCUGGAGAGGCAGUUUACUAUGGCAUGGCCUGCAGAAUGGCACAGUUGCUCGACCUGGCACAUUUUUGGCACACCCUUGUCAUGAUCGACGAAUGGUCCUCCUCGGGUGUUGGUGUACCUCGACAGAUUGCGAACCCACCAGAUCAUGUGCCCUUACCAAUGGAAGAGAUGGCUUUCAUGGGACUGCGGCGUCAAGACCCUCUCUACGCCCUGAACCCAGUCCACCACCCCUUUCAACCCACGUCUCUACUCGGGCAGAUGAUUGUGCUCAACGGCAUAUUUCGCCAGGUCAACAAGUUGAACGGUCAGGUCGCUCAGAGCCAGGAUACACCUCCAAACAUUACCGCUAUCCAUGAUUUGACGAACAAGCUCGACAUCUGGGAGGCGUCCCUGCCAGACUACAUGCGAGACAAUAGGUCAAAUCUUGCACACUACGCUGCACAAGGUCUCGGCCGCAUAUUUGUUGCCGUGUAUCUUGGGUACUAUCACUACGGUCAACUCCUCAUGUACCAAUUCCUCCAUCUUGAUGCCAGCGAUGAUCCGACUGUCAACGCGUUCUCUCAAAGGUGCAAAGAUCACGCUCGAAAGCUGUGUGAUAUGGUGUACGCCGCCUUGGACACACCGGGUUGCGACGUCCUAUACAACAUGGUCGGCCACGUCCUUGUCAUCGCUUCCACAGUACAGAUUCACACUCUGCUGUUUUCGACCGACACCUCAGAGAUUGAUGCCGCUCGUAGCCGUCUCGAGCGCAAUUACACCAUACUGCUUCGCCUGCGAGAUGUUUGGCCGUCGCUCGACUUCUGUAUGACGCGAUUGCAAGUUUUCCACAAAGCUUGUGUGACUUCGAUGGAGACGUCGUUCAGACUCGAUGCAUGGAUGCUAAAGUUUUUGUCAGAGUUUGCGAAACCUGUAAAAGACAAACAAAGUCCAGGUGAUGCUGAGGCCAAUGGGUGGGCGAUAGGUGAUAUUGCUGUCACUCCAACAUCGGACUUUGGGCUGGACUCAUUGACGGCAAUACUCUUCGCUGCGCCAGGUUUGCAGGCUUGA